AUGGAGGGCCUAACCCAGGCCUUCGAACGCGUCAGCCUUGCGGCCGACUCUGUUACGGCGAGCGAUCCUGACUGGAUUGACUCGAUCCUGGAGGAGCAACGACCACGCAAACGCACGCGGCAAACCAAGGACGAGUUGAAGCAAGAACUAGAGAAAGAGUUCCUCACCCCUUCUACUGCAUUCAACGCUCAAUGGCUCAAUGAGUUGCAGCAGAGAUGGGAUGCGCCAAUCAACUAUGCCGACCUUUUCGAGCUUGCUCCUACGCAGACGCGCACCAUUAUCCGCUUCACUCGCGAAGGCUUAGAGGGCCGUGUAACCGGCUAUAAAGAGAUUACUGUUCCUGCAAACAGCGCUACAGCUAAGAACUCGACAUCCCUCCUCAGGAAACCCGCCAACAGAGCCGACUUCGUCCGUGGUGCUGCCGGCUUCUUUCCAUUUGCACCCGGCGGCCUUGACGGCGUGGAAGCCGUAGCGGCGGCGGAAGACGAGUUCUUGCAAGCCCAGCAAACAGAAAGGACCAAGAAGCUCGGUGGACUGGACCGCGUCAUAAAUUUUGGCGUGGAAGGUGGCCUCCUCGAAGUCCCGCCGGGAUUCGCUCGAGGGUUGGAUUUCAAGAAGAAGGCAAGCACCGAUGAGCAGAGUGCCGAGGAGGUUGAGAAUGCCCUGGGGGAAGAGCCUGCCCCCGUUGGGUCAGUGGAUGGUAUUCCCACCGAAGAUAUCGACGGUGCUCAGCCGUCCACGGGCGACUCUGGUGAUGAGGAGGAUGAGAAUGAUGAUGAUAUUGAUUCCCUUCUGCCCGUUGAAUUUCCUGCACUUGCUCCACGCGGAACCCUUACGCUCGCGAGCACACGGAGGGCUGCUAAAGAGUGGGCUCACAUGGUUGAUGUCAAUCGGGACAUUCCCAACUUUAGGGAGCUCGUACCCGACAUGGCACGAGAAUGGCCAUUCGAACUGGAUACUUUCCAGAAAGAAGCCGUGUAUCAUCUUGAGAAUGGAGAUUCAGUCUUCGUUGCAGCUCAUACUUCAGCUGGCAAAACGGUGGUAGCCGAGUAUGCCAUCGCACUUGCAGCUAAGCACAUGACAAAGGCAAUAUACACGUCUCCGAUCAAGGCUCUCAGCAACCAGAAGUUCAGAGAUUUCAGAAAUGAAUUCGAGGACGUUGGAAUUCUCACAGGAGACGUCCAGAUCCGCCCCGAGGCCAGCUGCCUGAUUAUGACAACUGAGAUUCUUCGAAGCAUGCUAUACCGAGGAGCAGACCUUAUCCGAGAUGUCGAAUUCGUCAUCUUCGACGAGGUGCACUAUGUCAACGACCUUGAGCGUGGCGUGGUGUGGGAAGAAGUCAUCAUCAUGCUACCGGAGCACGUUACUCUCAUUCUCCUCUCUGCGACAGUCCCGAACACGUACGAAUUUGCGUCUUGGGUAGGCAGAACCAAGAAGAAGAACAUCUACGUUAUCUCAACACCGAAGCGUCCCGUGCCGCUGGAGCACUACUUGUGGUCCAACAAAGUUAUGCACAAGAUUGUGGACGCGGACAAGCACUUCAUUGAAAAGGGAUGGAAAGAUGCCAAUGACAUCCUGUCGGGCAAGGACAAGGUCAAGGCAGCCAAGCCUGAGGAGUCUAAUGCAUCGCGAGGCGGGGCCAAUCAUAGAGGGCGUGGACAAGACCAGCGCGGCGGCAGGGGCGGUGCUCAACAGAGAGGAGGCGCCCAACAACGGGGAGGCGCCCAACAGCGCGGAAGAGGCGGUGCACCAGCACAACGCGGGCGGGGCAACAUUGCUCGUACUGGGCGUGGCGGUGGGAGGACAACUGCUGCGCAGGACAGGAACAUCUGGGUCCAUCUCGUCCAGCACUUGCGCAAAGAGAACCUGCUGCCGGCCUGUAUCUUUGUCUUCUCGAAGAAACGUUGCGAGGAAAAUGCGGAUGCGCUUGCAAACUUGGACUUCUGCACCGCUUCCGAGAAAAGCGCCAUUCACAUGGUCAUCGAGAAGUCUAUUGCCCGCCUUAAACCAGAGGACAGAGUACUCCCGCAGAUUCGGAGGCUCCGCGAGCUGCUGAGCCGAGGGAUCGCUGUCCACCAUGGUGGCAUGCUGCCCAUUGUCAAGGAAGUGGUAGAGAUACUCUUUGCCAAGACACUGGUCAAAAUCCUGUUCGCCACAGAAACCUUUGCCAUGGGUCUCAACCUUCCCACUAGGACGGUGGUCUUCUCCGGAUUCCGAAAGCAUGAUGGCCGCCAAUUCCGAGACCUUCUGCCGGGAGAGUAUACCCAGAUGGCCGGUCGGGCAGGCCGUAGAGGACUCGAUGCCGUUGGCUCUGUCAUCAUUGUCGCACCAGGUGCCGAAGAAGCACCCCCGGCUGCUCGUUUGCGACAGAUGAUUCUCGGCGAUCCAACAAAGCUCCGCUCACAAUUUAGGCUUACAUACAACAUGAUACUAAACCUUCUGAGAGUAGAGGCGCUGAAGAUAGAAGAGAUGAUCAAGCGGAGUUUCAGCGAGAACGCCACACAAGCUCUUCUCCCCGAACACGAGAAGGCCGUCAAGCUGUCUGAAGCAGACCUCGAAAAAAUCAAGCGAGAGCCAUGUGAGAUCUGCGACGUUGACCUCGAGCUUUGCCACGAGGCUUGCAUGAAAUAUCAGCGCUUGACCAAUGAGCUUCACCUCGCGCUGCUCGCCACCCCUGUUGGAAAACGCUUAUUCGACGCUAGGCGUCUGGUAGUCUACAAGAAGGACGGCAUUCGCACCGCUGGCAUGCUCCUGAGAGAUGGCAUCAGCAAGGGCCAUGAGCCAACGGUGCAGGUACUCGAGAUUAGUGCGAACGCGAAGCGUCAGCCAAGCGACCUGCUUCCGUACCUUUCAGAGUUUACGAAGUUCUUCGCGCCGCUGCCGCGCAAUGCGUCCGACAUGAGGCUCAAGGCAGCAUCGGUCCCUCUGAGCGAUGUAGAAAGCAUCACAGUCGCACACAUCAAGAUUGAACUAGCCGACGUGCUGAAGGGUGAUCCAGAAGCACUUAAGCUAGCGAGUGAUCAGCUCCAACCUCUGUGUGAAUCCUGGAGCUUCGAAGACUGGGACGAGAUAAACUUGUCGAAGUUCAUCAAGGACAUGACAUAUAGAGGUCUUCUCGACGAACGCAACAAGCAGGCUGGGCUUGCCCAAGGGCGAAAGUGCUUGAAAUGUCCCAAGUUCCUACAGCACUUUGCCAUGGCGCACGAUGAGUGGCUUAUCAAGGAGAACAUUGCGCAACUGCGUCAGCUUAUGUCAGAUCAGAACUUGCAGCUCCUUCCAGACUACGAGCAACGAAUCUCAGUGCUGAAGGACCUCGGUUUCAUUGAUGAAAAGUCAAGAGUCGAGUUGAAGGGCAAAGUAGCUUGCGAGAUCCACUCUGCCGACGAACUAGUCCUCACGGAGCUGGUUCUGGAGAAUGUACUCGCUGAUUUUGAACCAGAGGAGAUCGCAGCGCUGCUAUCUGCCUUCGUCUUCCAAGAAAAGACGGACGUGGCGCCUACGCUAACGCCGAGACUAGAGCAAGGUCAAGCCAAGAUCAUCGAGAUCUCGGAGAAGGUCAACCACAUUCAGACGCUGCACCAAGUCAUCCUUUCUUCUGAGGAUUCGAACGACUUCGUUAGCCGGCCGCGUUUUGGCAUGGUUGAGGUGGUGUACGAGUGGGCGCGCGGUAUGUCCUUCAACCGCAUCACAGACCUGACGGACGUCAUGGAGGGCACCAUUGUGCGUGUAAUCACGCGCCUAGAUGAGACGUGCAGAGAAGUCAAGAACGCGGCGCGCAUCAUUGGCGACCCGACGCUUUACACAAAGAUGCAGACGUGUCAAGAGCUGAUCAAGCGAGACAUCUGCAAUGCGGCAAGCUUGUACCUAUAA